UGAAGAGUUCUCAUCUUGAUCAUAUUGAUCUGGGAUUAUCCCAAGGACAGGUACUAAUGCCUAUCCAUCACAUCCCACUCGCUCUCGUACUAGCUUCUCUAUUGUACAUUUCAGAAAUCCAAAUUCGGCCGUCGCUCCCAAAUAAUAGGAUCAGUAACAAAAGGUAUUCGUGGCAUACAACAAUAAAACACAUCACACAGACCGACCAAGCACACAUACACGCUGACAAAAACUUCAAAAAUGACAGAUGCAAAAAUAAUAACUUCAAAUGCAAUGGGGGGAAUCCAGUCCAAUUAUGGGACAAAAGCAACAAAAGGACAAAUGCAGACCCAGAGAUGGAAAAUAAAAUAACGAAAAGGAAAAAGAAGGAACGAUUUCCUUCAGAGAAGCCGGUUACAGCUUUCGCUGUCCGGUUCCCGCUCAGUGGAAACCGUUCUAUGCCGCAUCUGACCGUCGAUUUUCAGACGGCAGAUUGAAGAGAAAAUCACAGUGACACCAAAAGAGUGCCGCUCAGCAGCCACUCUUUGCGCCGAUCGAGGGCGCUUUUUUUUAAGUUCCUGUAUAACGCCGUUGCUCCGAUGGGACACGCAUUGU